AUGGAUGGAUCCGAGUGGAGGCUGCCACAGUAUUACUCUGCUCUCAUUUCUACUCUGGAGACGGAUUCAUCCCAGCCAAACCGAUGCUGCACCGAGGAGUCUAUGGGCAAAGGCCAAACCAAGUCCCGCUAUUUUCCCCGGAAACGGCCUGAUCUUGCAUCAUGCCUCCCCUUCCCUCCCACCUCAGCUCCAUCCUUCGGUUUGAUCCAAGAGACUCUCGCUCUUGAUCCGUUUCGCCUGCUCAUUGCGACCAUCUUCCUCAACCGCACCAGAGGCGAGGCAGCGAUACCAGUGUUAUACGAUGUCUUUGAAAAUUACCCAACUAUUGGCUCCCUGGCCGAUGCGGAUGUUGACGGCCUCGUGGCAAUGAUCCGCAAAUUGGGCUUCCAAAACGCGCGUGCCAAUAAAUGCAUCUCAAUCGCAAAGCUUUGGAUGGUUUCUCCGCCAGUCAAGGGAAAACGGUUUAGGAAAUUACACUACCCGGAUAAGUCUGAUGGCCUAGAUAUAAAACCUGGGGAAAGCAUUGACGACGAGGAUACCCGCAUUGCCUGGGAGAUCGCCCAUCUUCCUGGCAUUGGUGCCUAUGCUAUUGACAGUUGGCGGAUAUUUUGUCGUGAUGUGCUCCGUGGUGUGGCUACAGAUUGGAAUGGAGCAAAUGCUGAAGAGGGAUUUUUGCCUGAGUGGAAAUCAGUGCGCCCCAAGGACAAGGAGCUUCGUGCCUUUUUAACCUGGAUGUGGCUCAAGGAGGGUUGGGUUUGGAACCCGGACACAGGGGAGAGAACACAUGCCACGAAAAGGAUACGGCGUGCUGCACGUCGAGGGGGGUUGGUUAUCGAGAAGAAUGGAAACUGGAUCUUGGAAACCCCUUUGUUAAAGAAAGCCAAAGGAUGUAAAAAAGGAAAUAAUACCAAUCUGCCCAUAGGCAUAUCUAGUGAACAUAGACUCCGAACUGAAGCAAAUAUCUAGUUAAGAUUUAG